GUCCCAGGACCCCGCCCAGCUGGGGCCUCUUGGGAGCGCGGGCAGCAGCGCGCCGGCAGGACGCUCAGACCGCUGGGAGCGCACCGGGUACUGCAGGCGCAGCGGGUGGGGACAACCGAGGCUGCUGCUGGAGAGUCGUGUUUCCGGGGGACUGAGGAAACCCAUCAGGAACCGAAGAUGCCGAAACCAAUCAAUGUCCGGGUUACCACCAUGGAUGCAGAGCUGGAGUUUGCAAUCCAGCCAAAUACAACUGGAAAACAACUUUUUGAUCAGGUUGUUAAGACUAUUGGCCUCCGGGAAGUGUGGUACUUUGGCCUCCAGUAUGUGGAUAAUAAAGGGUUUCCUACCUGGCUGAAACUCGAUAAAAAGGUGUCUGCCCAGGAGCUCAGGAAGGAGAAUCCCCUCCAGUUCAAGUUUCGGGCCAAGUUCUACCCUGAAGACGUGGCUGAGGAGCUCAUCCAGGACAUCACCCAGAAACUCUUCUUCCUUCAAGUGAAGGAGGGAAUCCUCAGUGACGAGAUUUACUGCCCACCCGAGACCGCAGUGCUCCUGGGGUCCUACGCUGUGCAGGCCAAGUUUGGAGAUUAUAACAAAGAGGUGCACAAGGCCGGGUACCUCAACUCAGAGCGGCUGAUCCCUCAGAGAGUUAUGGACCAGCAUAAACUCACCAGGGACCAGUGGGAAGACCGAAUCCAGGUGUGGCACGCGGAGCAUCGUGGGAUGCUCAAAGACAGUGCUAUGCUGGAGUAUCUCAAGAUUGCUCAGGACCUGGAAAUGUAUGGGAUCAACUAUUUCGAGAUCAAAAAUAAGAAAGGAACAGACCUCUGGCUUGGAGUUGAUGCCCUUGGACUAAAUAUUUACGAGAAGGAUGAUAAGUUGACCCCAAAGAUUGGCUUCCCUUGGAGUGAAAUCAGGAACAUCUCUUUCAAUGACAAAAAAUUUGUCAUUAAGCCCAUCGACAAGAAGGCACCUGACUUUGUGUUCUACGCCCCGCGCCUGCGGAUCAACAAGCGCAUCCUGCAGCUGUGCAUGGGGAACCACGAGCUCUACAUGCGCCGCAGGAAGCCCGACACCAUCGAGGUGCAGCAGAUGAAGGCCCAGGCUCGCGAGGAGAAGCACCAGAAGCAGCUGGAGCGGCAACAGUUGGAAACUGAGAAGAAAAGGAGAGAAACUGUUGAGAGAGAGAAAGAACAGAUGAUGCGUGAGAAGGAGGAGCUCAUGCUCAGGCUGCAGGACUACGAGGAGAAAACCAGAAAGGCGGAGAGAGAACUCUCUGAGCAGAUUCAGAGAGCCUUGCAGCUGGAGGAAGAGAGGAAGCGGGCCCAGGAGGAGGCCGAGCGCCUGGAGGCUGACCGCAUGGCCGCACUGCGGGCCAAGGAGGAGCUGGAGAAACAGGCAGUGGAUCAGAUAAAGAGCCAGGAGCAGCUGGCCGCGGAGCUUGCAGAGUACACUGCCAAGAUCGCCCUCCUGGAGGAGGCCCGGCGGCGCAAGGAGGAUGAGGUGGAAGAGUGGCAGCACAGGGCCAAAGAAGCCCAGGAGGACCUGGUGAAGACCAAGGAGGAGCUGCACCUGGCGAUGACGGCGCCCCCACCCCCGCCGCCCCUCCUGUAUGAGCCAGUCACCUACCACAUGCCCGAGGGCCUGCAGGAGGAGGGCGCAGAGCCCAUGGGCUACAGCGGGGAGCUGUCCAGCGAGGGCAUCCUGGACGACCGUAAUGAAGAGAAGCGCAUCACCGAGGCUGAGAAGAAUGAGCGUGUGCAGCGGCAGCUGCUGACGCUGAGCAACGAGCUGUCCCAGGCCAGAGACGAGAACAAGAGGACCCACAACGACAUCAUCCACAAUGAGAACAUGAGGCAGGGCCGGGACAAGUACAAGACGCUGAGGCAGAUCCGGCAGGGCAACACCAAGCAGCGGAUCGAUGAGUUUGAGGCCAUGUAGUGGCCAGGACUAUGGGCAGAGGGGCACCGGAGGGCCCUGCCAGCCUUGUCACACCUGUAUCUUUAGCACUCCAAAUCUAGGCACCCUCUUUCGCACCCUAGUCCCUCUACAAAGAGAGUGUUUAUCCUGGCGGAGAUAUUCUGGGCUGGGAACCAGUGGAAGCCUCUCUGGUCUAUUUUUUCCAAUUGUAUCAUAGUGCCAACCAGGCCUGAUUUUUAUGAUUACUAUUGAAUCACCUCCCAUGUUGUGCUUGGAAUAGGACUGAGUGAAUUAAGGCAGAGCACCUGUAAGUGUGAGCGACCAGCUCCACGCUGGCAUGUGUGACAUGAGAUUCAGUACCAUUAAAGAAAACCACAUCGUGGCUUAAAUCUGUGCCAUACUUUUUCUGUAUUUGAAAAUGAGCUCAAAUCAACCUUUUUUUUUUUUUAUUUCUAUGAAGGAUCCAUCUUUGUAUAUUCAUGUUUUGAGGAUUGAAAAUUAGAUUGCAGCUGAAGCACUCGCACAUGUACGAUUAUUUCUCCCCUGCUGUCUGUGCAGCGGGUGGCAGGGCUGUGGCUCGCUCAGCAGGGCCACCCGGGGAGGGCACGCUUGGAUCAACUUUUUAAGAUUUUUUUUCCUUUUUGGUUUUCUGCUUAUCAGUUAGAAGGACACAUUGUUGGAUUUAACAUGCCUAAUUAAUGAUCAGCUAUAGAGUGUAGUAUUUAUAAGUGACAAUAUGGGUUUGUAACAUUAGUUUUAAAAAGGGAAAGUUUUGUUCUGUAUAUUUUGUUACCUUUUACAGAAUAAUAA